AUGUUAUUCCCGAAAGGUAUAGCCUUCUCUGGCGGCGGGAUUCGAUCUGCUGCAUUUUGUUCUGGUGUGUUGCGCUAUGUUCUUCAAGAUGAGAUCGACUUGGAUUACUUGAGCUGUGUUUCAGGCGGUGGUUUUACCGGGGCUUCCUACCUCGACUGGAAGUAUCACCACAAUCAACAAGACAGCCCAGAAUGGCACCGGAAGUUUUUCAAUCACUUGCGGAAGCGUAGCGGUUUCUUCUGCUCCUGGAGGAACCCCUUCCUUGGAAUCAUUGAUUCCAUAAUUUUGGUUCUUCUCUGCAUUGUAGUGGUUAUCAUCCUUCCCGUUUUCACCUCUCUUGCUUUUGCUCUACCCACAGCUUUCUCGGUGGAUUACAUUUUUGGUGAUAUACUUCGCGCAGGAUUUCACUGCCCUAAUCACUCCGCACCCAAAGAUACCGCAGAAAGCGAAGGCUGUCAGUUCGUGCAGAGCCAUGAUGACACAUUUACUCUUUUUGGUGUUCUUUUCGCAAGCUGCGCGGGAUUCUAUGCGUUAAAAUCUCUUUUCCACCCCCGUCAUUUCUCUAUCCGUAACAAUCUUAAGGUGUUUUAUGUAAGCGCUGGUUCUAUGCUUUUAAUGACUUUUCUACCAUGGUUUUUUGAAGUAUUUUUAAGGGUACAUACUUCAGUGUAUGUCAACGGCUUUCUCUUACUCGGAAGCAUUGCUCUAUGGCUUGGGUUUCCGCCACUCAGAAACACCGCCUCUUUAGCCCUGUUGGUGUAUGCUUAUGCCUAUGUAACAAAAUGGCGAGUGUAUAAAAGUCCAGUUUUAUUCAUCAGUUAUUCAGAAGAUCUCUUUUACGAGGCUCUUCUCGGAUCUGCCAUACUUCUUUGGAUGACACCCUUUUUAGGACUUUUAAAUAUGGGCGCAGUACAUACAUACAACAGAUGGCGUCUUCAGAAGGCUUUUUUCGCACCUCAGAGUACCGGGUGCUUAGGAUGUUCUGGGAUAUCCUUCAACGAUAUCAUACCGUUUUGCUCAUGUGCAGACACUCCUGAGUGGGAGAGACUGGACAAAGGAUUCGUUACUAUGGGUGACCUUGCAGAUAUGAAACCGGAAUAUAUUUGUAACACAGUUGUGAACAACUGGCAGAAGGAACCUGGUGGGGUCCGCUCGGACUCCUAUGAGCUUCUCACUCUGUCUCCCACGGGGAUAGAAAGACUGGACGAGAAUCCGGAGGAACACAAAAGCUUUGCCGGAAAAAUCCAACCACGUGAUCUUCCACUGUCUGAUGUCAUGGCAACAUCAGCGGCUGUUCUGGCGCUGUACAUGGGUGUGUAUGACGUCAAGACCGAGACAGUGCGUAACCUUCAAAUGGUGUUGGGGGUGCAUUGUGGAAAAUCUCUGAUAUCAGAUCCAGACAGAGAUGUGGCAGGAUCAACAAUUUCUUGUUGUAGGUUCCUGCCUGUCAUUAUACAGCUGUUUAUUGUGGUUCCCCUAAUUCUCCCGCCAUUUUUGAGUCAUGACUGGCAUGCUAUUUUGGUGGUCUGGUAUCUAUCUAUUGUUGUCCUGGUGAUGGUUACCGCUGCUUUGCCAACGGGCCCAGAAGAUGGCGGAUGCGCCGACAAGUUUGUGAGAUGGUGUGUUGUAAACAUCUACCAUGUCCGAUUUGCACGCCUGUUACUUCGGACUGUCGAUCUCGGUCCAGUUCCCCCGCCUCUCCUCAACCUUAGUGAUGGCGGUCACAUCGAGCAGCUGGGACUAUUGGCACUCUUGAAAAAGAGGCUGAAGAAAAUCGUAGUAGUCGACGGAUGCAGCAUGGGGGAAGGCAAUCCCGUUUCCACUCAGUUACUCCGGUCGCUUGAUUUGGCGCGAAAGAGGCUGCGGUGUUCUUUUAGUGCGAUGGACGGUCGAGACAUCGUCGAGGACAUCCGAAGCAAGCUCGAGGAAAUGCCCGACAAUUAUAAGCCUCGGUUCUACAAGUUCAGGGUUGAUUACUAUGAGAAAAAUAUGGAUUGCUUGAGCGAUGAGAAGGUCGGGGAAGGGGAGAUUUUACUUAUACUGCCUCGACAUCCAUACGAGGGUAUAUCCAACUCAACUGGAUCGUCGCGAUCAUGGAAGGAUUGCCUGCGUCACACUCAUCAACCAAUCAACAAUGAGUACUGGGGAACCGGUCCUGACCUUGAAGCGGGGGAAGUCGACCGACUGAGUGGCUGCUGUUGUGAAUGCUGUCACGUGACUUGCUGUAAAAGCUGUUCUGGGAUUUUGUGUGGAUUCUUUCCUCAUCACGCGACUCUCAACCAGUUCUUCACCCCCGCAUUAUUUAGUGCUUACCACAGGGAGGGCUACCGCGCGUGUCUAGACGCCGAAAUUGGGCAGUUUUUAACCGAAGAGACUGGCGAAAAGAUAUAAGCAGUGGAUAAUGGUAGUUUAGUACCCAAACCUCCCGAAACGGCAUAAGGAUGAUGUGAAAAUGAUUGGCACCGGCACCGUAUGAACUCUGAGAUUUGACUUUCUUCUCAGAGUUCAUUCGUCGCCUGGAUAUUUUUCCCCUACUUAUUUUGAAUCAGGCGACAGAUCCCGCUGACGAAGAGGGAGUGAACAAUCUGAAUUGCUCCGUCUCUUUGCUACAAAUCGAGUCUUGAGCACAGCUUCCACAACAAGUUUUUUUAAGCGCUUCAAUUUUUACGAAAAUUGUUGCGGCGACGGGAUUCUGUCGCACGGACGUAAGCCAAAACAACAGGCGUCAUGACUUCUUGCAGUUACUAGAUGGAGUUAAGCACGAGGGUCGGGAUACGUGCGCGGAUGAAGAGCGGGAGACGUGCGCGGGUGAGGGGAAGGACACGUACGCGGACGAGGGGCGGGAGAUGUGCAUGGACGCAACAAGAGAGGGCUAGAGAGAAGUAAUGCGUGUCCUCGCACCUACCCUCCAGGGACAAUAAUUCUAGAAUAAAGCUGGGACUAAAGGUCUUACUUGAAAAAAUAAAUUUAAAGUCGUUACUGGUUGAGACGCAUUUAUUCAUCUUAGAGACAAUCACAUCCAUAUUUGGUGGUAGGGGUUACCAAGGAGUGUAAAAUUGUUUUGAACGCAAUAAAAACAUAAAAAUGUUCUUCAACGCAAUUUUCAGGCUUAAAAUAUACUAAUCUGACACUUCGAGAUU